AUCAUAUUGUUCGGCCUCCCCUAGUUUCAAACACCUCUUCGGCACGUAGUCUCCCUCCUCUGCCUACUAUCAACACGUCUCCAGUCGUCGUCUCUUGUGCUUUAUUCACUUUUUAUAGACACAAAACUUGACACACCCUUCGAACAUGUCGUUGCCAACGCCUUUGACUCGAUUGCUCGGCAUGAAGCAUCCGAUAAUCUCGGCCGGAAUGUACAUUGCCGGCGGCCCAGAGCUUGUGGCUGCUGUGAGCAACGCUGGGGGGCUGGGUGUCAUCGGCGGACUUUACUUCACGCCAGAUGAACUCAGAACAACCAUUCAAGAAGUAACGACUCGACUGAAAGACCCGACACUUCCAUUCGGCGUGAACCUUCUCUUGCCCCAAGUCGGCGGAUCAGCGCGAAAGACAAACUGGGACUACACUAAAGGCAAGCUUGACGAGCUCAUUGAUAUCGUUAUUGGCAGCGGCGCCAGGCUAUUUGUUUCGGCUGUUGGCGUUGCGCCCAAAGAUGUCGUUGACAAGCUGCAUGCCAAUGGCAUCUUUUACAUGAAUUUGGUUGGCCACCCGAAGCACGUCGCUAAAGCAUGUGCCGCUGGUGCCGACAUCAUAUGUGCCCAGGGAUCAGAAGCCGGUGGCCAUAUCGGCGAGAUACCAACCAGUGUCCUGUUGCCCGCUUGCGCUGAUCUGGUGAAAAAGUACAAAUCGCCCUUGACGGGGCAGCCAGUACAGCUCGUUGCUGGCGGAGGCAUUUGCGACGGCCGGGGAAUUGCUGCAUCCUUUAUGUAUGGAGCUUCUGCCGUCUGGAUAGGUACGAGGUUCGUCACUGCCAAAGAGUCAAGCGCUCUUGAAGAAUCGAAGCGCCUGAUUGUCGAGGCAGGUUUCGAUAGUACCAUUGUCUCGACCAUUUGGACGGGACGACCACUGCGCGCGGCGGCUACCGGCUACAUCCGAAACUGGGAACAUGAUCGUAAGAAUGAGCUCCAGAAGCUGCUGUCGACUGGUAUUAUACCUAUGGACCACGAGGUCGAGGCGUUUCGCGACGUUGGCGGUCUCCCUGAAGACGUAGCGAAGCAGUCCGCGAUGAGACCCAUGGGUAUGGCAUCUGGCCUAAUUAACAAAGGGGGACAAUCUGCGGCUGAAAUUAUCAAAGACAUGGUGGCAGAAGCGGUCGAGCGUCUCAGCGGGGGAUGUAGCGUUCUGGAGAAAUUGGACUGUCAAGAGCCCCUAGUACCUAAUUGAGAAACACUAGCUAAGCCAGCCGGGAUCAGCUCAAGACAAGCCUCACCUAGAUCCUUCGAGUCAAGACAGCUCUGAACGCUGGCUUGGGUUCCUUGACUUGGCAGGGAAAGGGUCUUCACGUUGUAGUUAGAGCAGCGACAUAUAUGUGCAGGCAAAGCGCAAUUCAAGGCCGCUCAUGGAACGGUGUAAACCACGGGUUAGUGGCUGAGCAAAGAUGUCGCGAAGUGUAUGUGGUGGAUAGCCGUAUGCAGUGUUCUUACAAAACCCAUAGGGGCCACAGAAGUUUUCAACAACAUGAGGUCUCUCCAAGAGAGAACUCGGCUAGU